CAUAAACAACAAUGAUGUCACUACUUCUACUUCUUCUCUGCCUAACUCUUCCUCUGCUUCUAUUGUUCUUCUUCCACAAACAUAGAACCAUUAACAAUCCACCCCUUCCACCUGGUCCUAGAGGCCUUCCCAUAAUUGGGAAUCUUCAUCAACUAGACAAUUCUGUUCUUUAUCUUCAACUAUGGAAACUCUCAAAAAUAUAUGGUCCCUUAUUUUCCCUUCAACUCGGUUUAAGGCCAGCUAUUGUUGUUUCAUCACCUAAAAUUGCCAGAGAGGUACUCAAAGACAAUGACCUUGUGUUUUCUGAUCGACCUAACUUACUUGGCCAACAGAAAUUGUUCUAUAAUGGGUUAGAGAUUGUGUUUUCUCCAUACAAUGAUUCUUGGAGAGAAAUAAGAAAAAUUUGUGUUGUCCAUAUCUUUAGCUCAAAGCGUGUGUCAUGUUUUUCCUCUAUAAGAGAGUUUGAAGUCAAGCAAAUGAUCAAAAAGAUAUCAGGGCAUGCUUCUUCUUCUGUUGUUACAAACUUGAGUGAGUUAUUCAUUUCUCUUUCAAGCACUAUAAUAUGUAGGAUUGCUUUUGGGAGAAGGUAUGUGGAUGAAGGAGCUGAAACAAAAAGGUUCCAUAAGAUGUUCAAUGAGCUUCAAGCUAUGGUAACCGCAUUCUUUGUUUCAGAUUAUAUUCCAUUUUUGGGUUGGGUUGAUAAAGUUACAGGUCUAAAUACACGUCUGGAACGAAUUUUCAAUGAGUUUGAUAAAUUCUACCAAGUGGUUAUUGAUGAACACUUGGAUCCGAAUAGACAGCAGGUGGAGGAACAGGAUAUAGUGGAUGUUUUACUUCAACUGAGGAAACGGCGUUCCUUUUCAAUUGAUAUCACUUAUGAUCACAUCAAAGGGGUCCUUACGGACCUACUUAUAGCAGCAACGGAUACCACUGCAGCCACAUCAGUUUGGGCUAUGACGACCCUCAUAAAAAACCCAAGAGUAAUGAAGAAAGUUCAAGAAGAAAUUUGGAACUUGGGAGGUAAAAAAGAUUUCUUGGAUGAAGAUGAUAUUCAAAAGUUUUCCUAUUUGAAGGCGGUGAUAAAAGAGAUAUUGAGAUUGUACGUAACAACCCCAUUACUUGUGCCAAGAGAAUCAAAUAAAAAUUGCAUUAUAGAUGGCUAUCAAAUUCCAGCCAAGACAAUAGUGUAUGUGAAUGCUUGGGCUAUUCAUAGAGACCCAGAGGCUUGGAAGGACCCAGAAGAGUUUUAUCCUGAGAGAUUCUUAGACAGUGCUAUAGAUUUUAGGGGACAAGAUUUUGAACUAAUUCCUUUUGGAGCAGGUCGUAGAAUUUGCCCAGGUUUGCAUAUGGGGGUUGCCACAUUGGAACUUAUCCUAGCUAAUCUUCUUAAUUCCUUUGAUUGGGAAUUGCCAAAAGGAUUGGUAAAGGAAGACAUAGAUACUGAAGUGUUGCCAGGAAUUACUCAACACAAGAAAAAUCCUCUCUGCCUUUCUGCCAAGCGCCAUAUGGAUUUGAUGACAAAUGGAGUCAAAUAUGAAGAUAUGGAUAAAGGGAGAUCAAAUCAGAAGAUAUGAGGAUCUAUCCAAGAAGAUCAAGAUCAUCAAGUUGUUGAAGAGGAAGCUUAAGCCCCCAUAAAUAUCCCAAAAUCUGCAAAGGCCACUGCCUCUGGGCGCUUAAGCCCCCAACUCAGGGCCUAAGCGCGGGCCAAGAAGAAAACUUCAACUCGAGGAGCGCGCUUAAGCGCACAACGCAAACUCUGCAAUUACCGUUCUAGGGGGCUUAAGUGCGAUGAAGCAAGCUUAAGCGCCCCAGAAACCCAACUUAGGCCCAAUUCGAAGUAUCCAUCUAGGGCACAAACUCUUGGCUUACAAAAACACAUUUGGGGCCAGAAUUAAGGAGUUUUUCAUAUUCUAAGAGAAUUUUAGGUACUCAGAGGUAGAGGGAAGGCGGAAGAUUCAUCGGUUCAUGUUCGUGAGCGGCGGAGACGGAUCAACAUCAAGUCUGGACUGGGGAUAUUAAAGAUUUACCAAUCACCUAUGGAGUUUGGGGAAGCUUUUAUAUUGUCUUUCAUUCUUGAUAUUGUUAUGUCUGGCUAGUUCUUUAGGUAGUUAGGGUUAGAUGAAAUUUAAUCGAUGUAUUAUGCUUUGAACAAUUCG